UAAGCCCAGCAAUCAAGAAGAAGGAAUGAGUGGGUUGAUAGAGCCACUGGCCGUCGGCAAGGUUAUCGGAGACGUCGUGGACCCCUUCGUGCCGGAGUUGAAACUGACGGUGCAGUUCGGGUCGAAGCAGGUGAUGAGUGGUUGUGAGAUCAAACCCUCACUGGCAGCUGACAGGCCUCGUGUUCGACUCAUGUCUCCUUCUAAUAACAAUAAUGCUUCCAAUCUGUACACUCUGGUAAUGGUGGAUCCUGAUGCUCCAAGUCCUAGCGAGCCAACAUUCAGAGAGUGGCUCCACUGGAUUGUCGUUGAUAUUCCGGAGGGUUCUGAUGCCACUCAAGGGAAAGAAGUAGUGAGUUACGUGGGGCCGAGCCCGCGGAUGGGAAUACAUAGGUACGUGUUUGUGGCGUUCAGGCAAAGGGGAGGAUCACUUGAUGGCGUGGAAGCAUCGUUGCGAGAAGAACGAGCCAAUUUCAAUACCCGACACUUCUCUUCCAAACACGGCCUUGCUCUCCCGGUCGGCGCCGUUUACUUCAAUUCCCAAAAGCAGCCCAAGUGUCGCCGGACCCCUUCAUCCAGUUAAUUAAUUACUUCUUAAUAUCCUUCCCAUCAUUUUAAUUAUUAUAAUUCCAGUUUUGCUUCUUCUUCUUUUUUCCCUUUUAAUUUUUCAUGUGAUUCUAUUGUAUUCCGGCAAAAUAGAAAAUAACUACUCACCCAAUAUUAGAUGUUUGUUUCUUCUACUCACCCUACAAAUAAC